GGUUUAUCCCCGGUCUCCUCUAUACAUAUAAGGUUAUUGUAUACAGAGCUGCGCUGUCGAGAAAGUGGUAAGAAAAGCAACGCAUUAGUCGCUCUCAAUCUGUUUCUCAAAUUGGUUGUGUGAUAUUAUUGUCAGCUUAAGUUGUUACCGGUUAAUGAUUCGUAAAAUAGUUUCCUCAAUGGUUAUACAUUUUGUUCAAUUCAAAAACACACUUUAAUUCUUUGAGGUUGGAUAUUUAGAAUAAAUACAACUAAUAACAGUUAGUUGUCUAUUUGUCAAUAUCAACUGCCAGGUAAAAUCUAAAAAAGUAAAAUGUAACAUUUCUCGUUUCGUUUAGCUACCGCCUAAGCGAUCGUGUCUUUUGGGUUUGGUCAAAGGGUAACAAAAUAUCGUAUUGAGUUGUGUUUAUGUUUUGUAUAGUAAAUGCACGCAAAUGUUUCCACUUUGUUUAUACAUCUCAACCUAUAGGAAGCAAAUUUCAUUCUGUAAAUUUGUGAAUUCUCUUAGAACGUUAAUAUCCUUGGAAAACUUUGUUUCUAUUGCUUUUGUAACCAUCAAUCAUCACACAUAAUUACGCGUAUCAUUUAUUUAGUCAUUCACACCAUUAUCAACAGUAGCAGCGACGCGAGAGCGAAGUUCAUUAAGCUGGGUGAUGGUUGUCCGUGUUUAUGUGAUCGUAUCGUUCAUUACAGCCUUAACGUUGUGUUGCGUAGAUUGAGUGCAGUUGUCAAGCUCAUUUCAAUCUUGUUUCCAAUGGUUUUUCGAAGGUUUUUGAUAAGACCAGAUAAUCUCGUUCAUACUAUCUGGAGAAACAAAGCUCGCAAAAUUUACGGCAACGAUUGCAGCAAAGAGAUAAAAUUACGUACUUUGUGUUCAUCGAUUGAUCCGCAGCAACAAGGAGAAACCAACAUGGUUGAUUUCAACACUGUCAAUCGUCCUUCCCAACACAUUGCGCUCUUGAACAACAAGACGUAUUUUCCCGAUUUACCUGCCAGUGGACCGCUGACUAGUUAUCGUCAGAAGGCGACAAUUGAUUGGCGUAAAGUGAAACUUUCACUGAACGAUGAGGCAUCUCUUGAACUUCAACAUAAAACAUGGGAUUUCAUACAGAGCCAUCCCCUAUUCGCUCGUCCUAAUCAUACGCCAUCAAUGGAUGAAAGCCGUCAACUGGCCACGAAGCGGAUGUAUGUGAUCCAGAAAGAAAACAUAUUCGGAAUCGAGCAGCUCCUAGAACGUCCUGAUUUUAUGGCAUUCUUCAAUCAUAUUCUGAUGACGUACGAGCCGAGCUUUGCGAUUAAAUUUUCACUUGGUUUUGGCAUGUUUUCCUCCGUUAUUCAAGCACUAGAUGUUGGACGCUUGACUCAUAUUAUCGAACAGAAUCAAAAAGGAUAUAUUUUGGGGGCUUUCGGAUUGACAGAAAUAUCGCAUGGGACCAACGCCAAAGGGAUGCGUACAACGGCUACCUAUGAUGUUAAAAAUAAAGAAUAUGUGCUGAACACGCCAGAUUUUGAGGCAGCAAAGUGCUGGAUUGGAAAUUUAGGGAAAACUUGUACUCAUAUGAUAUGUUAUGCACAACUUUACACCGAAGAUGGAAAGCAUCAUGGACUGAAUGCAUUUGUUGUACCAAUAAGAGACCCUCAGACUUUGAAUCCAUUUCCGGGAGUCGUUGUUGGCGAUUUGGGUGAAAAAUCAGGUUUGCAUGGAGUGGACAACGGUUUUGUAAUGUUUAGAAACUAUCGCAUUCCGCGGGACAAUUUACUGGCCAAAACAGGAGACGUCAACGAGGACGGAGUUUUCGUGUCUCCAUACAAGGAUGAGAAUAGACGCUUUGGAGCAUCAUUGGCAGCACUUUCGGGAGGACGUGUCGGAAUAUGCGGGAUAGCAAAUUUGUACUUGACCAAAGCCAUUAGUAUUGCUAUUCGUUAUUCAGCUAGUAGGAAGCAAUUUGGGCCAGACGAUGGUUCAAAAGAGCUACCGGUACUGGAGUAUCAGUCUCAACAGUAUCGAUUGUUUAUACAUCUUGCGACUGCAUUUACAGUUGCAAUUUUCACACUGUGGUUUUCAAAGGUGUAUGGUGAUAUGUUUCUGAGCAUUGUAAUGGGAGAGCAAAAGAACCAGUAUAUCGGCAUGGAAAUUCACGCUCUAUCGUCAGCUGCCAAACCAAUAUGCACGUGGGCUGCCCGUGACGGUAUUCAAGAGUGCAGAGAAGCCUGUGGUGGCCAUGGUUUUCUCAAGUUAUCUACGUUGGGAGAUCUGCGAAAUGAUAAUGAUCCAAACUGUACAUACGAGGGCGAAAAUAAUGUCCUUAUUCAACAAACUUCCAACUGGUUACUGAGCAUAAGAUCCAAAGGUUAUGAUUCAUUUGCUCAAGUUUCACCUCUGGGAUCUGUAGCAUUUUUAAAGGACUUUGUACACAUUCGUAACACCAAAGCAUUAUGGAAAAGCUCUGAAGAUGCCACUGAUAUUCAAGAACAUUUGAAAGCAAUGAAUUGGUUGGUUGCGCAUUUAUUAGAGGACACCCACAAGCGACUUCUGGAUUUGAAACAAAAUGGUAAAUCAUCAUUCGAAGCUAGAAAUGAAUCACAAUCAUUCUACGCUAGAGUGUUAUCGAUAGCCUACGGAGAGCGGGUAAUGCUACUUGUUGCCAAUACAUUUUUGAACAACCUCGAAAACGGGCCUGAAAAAGUGGCUAUCGGUCGCCUAGUGUCAUUGUACGGUGCUAACGUUGUAUUAAAAUAUAUAGGUAUUUUCUAUCAAGGAGGAUACUUUAGCGAAGUGAGAGAUGCCCUCGAUUUACUGCAACGUGGUUACCUGGAUCUACUGCCAAUGAUAAAGACUGAUGCUGUAUCGCUGGUUGAUGCGGUGGCACCACCAGAUUUUUUGUUAAACUCGCCUCUUGGCAUGAGUGACGGGGAAGUUUAUAAGCACAUGGAAUCGGCUAUACUACAGGCACCUGGAGCUUUGGAGAGACCAAAAUGGUGGAAAGAUGCAGUGUAUAGGGAUUACAUUAAGGCCAAAUUAUAAUAUUACUUUGUAAAAAGUCAAUCAUUGUCUAGUGUUUUUGAGGUGAAAUCCAGCAACAUUAGCUUUUAUAUACAAAGCAAGAUAAUGAUAUUGAACUAAAAGUAAGCGCGCCUAGUCACUUAAGGCUUUAUCACUGACGGAAAAUACAUCAAAAAUGAGUUAGUUGGAGCUCUACUGUGAAUUUUACGCUUUGAAAGUAAAUAGAACGUAGUGAGCAUAAGUGUAAGUAACCCUUAUCAGAAUAAAACCUAAGUAGUUAUGUGGUAGUAGAUUAAUAGGCGAAAUGUAUUAUUGUUUUCGUUGAAUUUUAUUGUGACAUAAUAUUACUGUUGAGGCUGGAAAUAAAAUAGUGUGGUGGACUGUUAA